CAUAGAUUAUUAAUAAACUUCUGUGACAUGCGUGCUGGCUGCCGAUGAGUUAUUGAUUUGGGUGGUGGCUGAGUGGCUAAAUGUACUGCCUAGGUCUUUUCCAAAAUGGUCGAGAUGAAGAGUCGAUAGCUCCGACGGAAAAAAUCGAAAUAGUGGUUUCUUGAAGUGAAUUGUACGAAAACCUUAUUUAUUUUUAUCUGUGGUUUCAUUAAUUUGUGACAACACUGUUUUUUAUUCGUUGUCACCAGAAAAAGAAUGUUCCGAUCCGAUUUUAUAUUCACUUGAAUCUUCAUUUAUACCUUCAAAAAACCCUUUAGGCGCACGCGUCAAUAAAUCUACUUUGUAGGGCGUUAAGUAGUACCCAGUGAAAAUGAUUGAGUUUACGAUAAAGACUUUGGAUUCCACCAACCACGAGUUUUCCGUGGAUGAUGAGAUGACUGUCGAAGAGCUGAAGACACAUGUCCUAGAAAAGAUGGACAUUCAGAUAGAUUUGCAGCGUCUCAUCUUUUGCGGAAGAGUAAUGCAGGAUGACCAGAAAUUAAAAGAUUACGAUAUAAAUGGCAAGGUGAUACAUCUUGUCCAACGCGCACCUCCGGAUGCUCGAAAUUCAGGGAUGUCCUCAUCAUCGGGGUCGAAUAACACGGGCAACCGUACCGAGACGAGCGCUCGGUCCGAACAACACGAUCGCCAUGAACGCCAGGAUCGCCACGAUCAUGACAGCCAGAACCGACCUGAGCGUCAGUCGGCAGCGUCUAAUCCAGCGAUGCAGCAACAAAUCCGACGCCUUAUGGCGCUCACUCCUGAGUACCUGUAUGCGCCACCGCAGCCCUCGGUAGUGACAGCCACCACAAGCCGCUUGGAGUUUAUACGACGCGUUAUUGUGGAUAUCAAGGUUGCACUCGCACAGCUCAGGGCUCAAGUCAACGACGAGGAAAAUUCUGGUGCACCAGCUAGCAGUGGAGCCCCAAUAGAGCCUAUGGAUAAUGAGCCUACCCCUGGUGCAACACAAGAGCCUGAACCAAUUUUAGACGAAAAUGGCGACGAAGUGGCGGAUCACCUCACUCGGGCCCAAAAUGCGCGUCGCAGGAGCUACAGAGCCAUACGUGCGCUGCGUGCGCGCCAGGCCAGACCACGCGACUUGGCGCAGCUUGUUGAGGAACUGGACGCUUUACAUGAGCAGUUCACGCCAUUCCGAACCACCUAUAUACGGCUCUUGAGAGCUGCCAAUGACCCGGAGCCACCACAGUACACUGACGAAGAGCGCGAACAGAAUCAACUCAUUGUUGACGUGGCCGGCGAUUUGAUGCACAGUUUCUCGCAUGCAUAUCAUGCUGUAAGUGAUAUCAAUUUCCAAGUUGGACAAUCCAAUCCGCGUCUGACUGCUGACAACGCAGUAUUACGUCACCCUAUCCCCAUGCAGGCACACAUUAAUGUGGUUCAGUCUGGCGGUAACCGUCGCCCCGCACAACAGCAGAGUAACAAUGACGGCGCAGCUAAUGGCGCUUCUGUAAGGUCAUCUGGAACCGAGGCCAGUGGAAAUACUGCGAACACUGGGGAAAAUCAACAAUCGAACCGUAGUGCUUCGGUUCCUUCAGCUGGUAGGAAUGCUACCCAACCGACUGUCAAUAUAAACAUACAGCCCGACCCCAUUACGUAUCAAGUAGAGAUAGAGACCAGGGUACCUAUUGCGUUUCCCAUAGAGAAUGCGCUGUUUAGCGGGUUGAAUAAUGCUGCAAAUGCCAACAAUUUGCAGCCAACUGAGCAAAAUCAACAGAACCCAUCUCCAAAUCAAGGUGGCGCUACACAGGGUCAAGCCAAUCGGCGUCAAGUACUUUUCGAUUUUGAGAACGUAUUCAGAGGCCUUGGUCAGGGGGUUGGUAUGGGAGGUGUUGAAGUUGUAAUGAGUAUGGAGGAGAUCAUGGGUGGCACCGGAGGCAACGCUGCGAACCUUCAGCCCACCGCUGCUGUAGGGGUACAGAGCACAGACGGCGGAGGUAAUGCCCCUCAGCCUAUCUUCGGACGAAAUAUAUACCUGGCUCCGAUGCCAUGGGCCGGUCCGCCAAGUGCUGAAUUUCUGCAGAACAUCGUGACUUCAGUUCUACGUCAGGGUAUUUUGCCUGGCGUAGAAGGUGUAGCACUUCACGUGCCUGGCCUAGCCCAAGCGAUCCAAAGCCAACUCCAGGCCCAGCUUAAUAAUUCUGGACAAGCCAACAAUGCAAGCCAAGCCGCCAAUACGGGCCAAGCCGCCAAUACAGGCCAAGCUGCGAAUGCAAGUCAAGGUGGAAAUGCAGCCCAAAACGCUAACGCUGGCCAGGCCGCCAACACAGCUCAAACCGCUAACGCAAGCCAAGCUGCCGGUACAGGUCAAGCUGCAAAUGCUACUCGAAAUGCAACUGUUAACCAAGCGGCCAAUGGACGCCAAAAUGCCAGUGCAGGUCAGGCUGUAAAUGGAGAACGAGUCGCGAAUGCAGGGCAAACUGCCAAUACAGGCAAUGCUGCCAAUUCGCAGGGUGCAUCCCAGCAACAUGCACGUACGAAUUCAUCUACCACUCCAGGCCAGAACCAAAGCCAAGGCCAAAAUCAACAAAGGCAACAAUCGAACCUUCCUCGUACGGCUGCCUCACGUGGGCAGAACUUCUCGAUGGCUGACUUCUUAAUAUAUGAUCGUUUCCUGCAUUGUGACAGUGUCCACGCAGGGCGUCGCCUGCAACGCCGCAGAGAACAACAACAGAAUCAGACUGUUGCCCAGGAGCGCAUGCGCAUUGACAGAGCGGCUGCAGUGGACAUUUCUGCGUUGCGAUUCCGCAAUACUAACAUGACACAGGACUUCAUAAACGUAAUGGUUGAACUGCUACACGCCGAGCCAUCGCCUGAGAGCUGGUACAACGCGCUGAUGGUUGCUGUUGCCCGCAACUUGUUUUUACCGGAAAGUGUUCAAAUGCUCGCCGGUGAACCGGCACUCGUUCCUACUGAGUUCGAAGCUCUACGUCUACAACUGCGCAGUUAUAUCCAAGACCUAUUGAACCGCUGUGGACCUAUUAACGGCGAGAACGUUUUUGAGGAGAUCGCAGAGUUUCUCGUGCAAGAACAUACCUCGUUCUUAAACAACAUGCGCAACCUAACCCCGAUGGUGUCGGAUGUGGACGUGAUAGGCUCUGUGCGUAUGCUGGUGCGGUCGCGCCUGCCAACGGUCAUCGCAUCCGUGAUGUCCGACUUGUCCGGGGAGGCGUUCGCGACGCGCUUCUACGGUAUAUUCUCGCGGUUCUUCAGUGACACGUGCGCGCUGAUCACACUGUGCUGCCGUGACGGAGUUAUGGGCCUGCGUGUCAUCUACACCGCUUAUAUUGAAGAUAUUCUGCAAGAUUUUGAACCAGCUGUACAUGAUAUGCUGUUGACAAUCAGCAUUGACAACUUGAACGGUUUGAUACCCAAUCUGCGUGUCCACACCAAUAAUGUCCGCCAGUUUAUGCAGUUCAGGACUCGACCCGCGCCCGCGUCACAGCCGCAGCCUACUAGCAAUUCGCAGCCGCAGCGGCGGUCGAGCGCGCUGGGACAGUCACCGCCGACGCGCGACGAGCCGAUGCAGUCCUCGCCGCAGACCAUUCACCUGGAGGCUGAGCGCGACGAGAACGUGGAUUCCUACCAACUGGAAAUGCCGAACUUGAUCAUGAUGCCGCCGCUUGUGGCCCUGCCCACCAUGCCGGUGAUUCCUACGCUGCCGCACCUACCGAUGCAGGCCACCGCGCCCGCGCGCGCCUCCACCUCAGCCAACAUCGCGUCCGUCAAUGCGGCCCAGUCGCCCGCGACUCCUUCCAACGCGAGCCGAUCUCUUUCAAGGGCGGCAAAACCCACAAAACCGGACAUGACAACAACGCCACGGAACACGACAGAGCCGCCUUCGAAUAUACAACUAGUUUCCCCGAUGAUGAUACUGCAGCACUGGGGCGAGGACUGGGUGCCGGUGUUCACGCGCGACCAGCAGUCUCAGCGCGACGAGCCAGCUGAACCUUACAGUGAUGGGUAUCUCACGGGCAUGCCUUCAAGGAAACGACGAUGCGUUCGACAGGCCCGACCGCCGACUACGCUCGACGGCUUCAUGAACGAGAGCGUUCGUGAAGCUGCCGACCGACCUACGACGAUGGAUAACAGCGCGAUCCGGACCGCGUUCAGAGAGCACAUGCGCAACAUGGCCCGAAAUCGCGCUUCUAACUCCGACGAUUACGACCCCAGGCGUUAUGCAUCCGCCGCCAGAUUCCUAAAUUCCUCCCGAUCUGGAAAACAACCACAGCCAGAAAGCAGUAGUGAAAGCAAGGACAAGUGAAAAUACACAAGACAUUGGUUCAAGCUUUACUACUUUGGUAUCAUAGUGAUAUUUAACCAAUGAUUGGUUUGUGUAAUCAAUGUGCUCAUAUAUAAUAGACUAUUUUAUUCUAUCAUCAAUGUUAAUUAGGAGUGAUAAACGAUAAUUGUAAUAGUAGCCAGAUUUUCUUUCAAUUGUUUAUAUUGGGUAAAUAAUAAUUGAAUUGAUUUAUUAUUUGUACUGAUAAAUACACAUUAAUUAGUUAUUUAUUGAAAAUAAUUAAGCAUUCGAUUCGCGACUUCAUAAUAAAUUUAUUUUAUUUCAACAUUAAUGUGAAAGCUGUUUACGUUCUUAAAGUUCUUUGUUCUUUAUGUAUUGAAGUUAAAGAAUAUUUACUUAACUUUGGAAUAUGUAUCACUAUAUUUAAAAUAAAUAUUUUUCAACAGGACAAUUUUACUGCUUUUUCGAUUUAAUAAGUAAUAAUAGUAUUUGUCUUAUCUCCACGUAUUAUGUGUCGUAGAUUAAUUCGAUUCUGAAUGUGGGCGUAGCUAGAGACAGUUUAUCAAUGGUAAUUAUUAAUAUUAUUUUAAGAUAAUUCACUAAAAUUAAUCGCGUAGUCUUAGGACAGGCUGUCAUUAGGAUGGUUAUAUUAUUCAAGGUAGUUAUAAAUUCACAUAUAUAAUUUGUAAUCACAAUUCCCGGUUUUAGUAGAAUUAAAUAUUCUGCACCGAAUCUAAUCGGUUAAAGAUCUCCCGUAAUCACUAUACGUGUCCAGUUUAUGCGCAUUCACGUAUUUAGUCUUAAAAAAAAAUACCUAAGGCUGGCAAAGCACACGCGUUCAACUGUUAAAAUCGGUCACAUGGUACUCUCAGCUGCCUUUAAUGUUAGACGAUAACGCGGCUGGCUUAUUGCUUAUAACUUAUAAAAUAACUACUUAGCCUGUGAUCUUUAUUACGUGUAGCAGCCGAUUGAAUUAGCGUAGAAUGCGCGAAUCGUUCGCACCAAUUCUUGCCCAUAGCUCUGGAGCCUUUUAAACAGGCGCCUGCGCAGCACAUUCGUCAGAUGUGUACGCACCAAUUAUAUUAUCAUUAUUUUUAAAGUUUGAAAAUAAUCUGACAUUAUAUAGUUUUAAUAAAGUGAAAUUAAUUUUGAGCGUGACAUGCCUUUACGUGAAACUCAAGCAUAGGGAAAAUGCAAUGAUAACUCGUGACCUCGUAUCACUGUAUUUGUGAAAAUGUAACAAUUUGGCAUAAACGCUUUAAAAUCCGUUAUUUUAGGAUUUCAUUGGCCAAAUUCCACGUAAUGUUCGAUCGUGCUUUUCCUGUUGCUUGCUAGCCUGACGCAAUCACUAUCUAACAACAAUACCGGACUCCGAUUAAUACCAAAGAAUUGCGUACGACCCGCAUUCAAAUUUCUUUUUUUAUCUCUUCCAAUAUCGUAGAAAUUUUAAAGCCGAGAUGCAAGAUGGAUAUAAUAAAGCGGCAUAUUUUUGAGAAAAUUAAUUAAAUUUAUAAGAUAUCAUGAUAUCAGCCAGUUCAUCAAAGUAUUUUUUUCACUUUUUGUUGGAUUUAUUCAACGAUAAAAAAUAAUUCAUAUUUGAUUUGGACAUUUUGGAUAGACAUUUAAUAUAUUCUGUUAUUGAGUACUUAUAGGCAGGAGUUAAAGGUCAAUCCAACUUAAUUGAAACUAAUUCUGUAACCGAUUAGACACUAAACAUAACAGUAAAUGUAUACAAUUUUAACAUUUCAGUAGAAUUCAACUUUUUUAAGGACUAUGUGUGAUGAUUGUAAAAACUAUUCUAAGCGGGGGGUUCUAGAAAACUAUAUCUAUCUUAUACUAAUAUCGAUUAGAUUAACUUCAGCCAUCGAUAUGUUAACCGUUCGUAAAAGCUCAAUCGAAGGUACCUACAGUUUACGGUAGACUCUUUAUGUAGUCAUAUACAGCAUAGUUUUUAAGGUGUGCGGAAAUUUUAACAUCCUGAUUAAUACCCGAUACCAAUUACGCUGUUAUCGCUUGAUUGUUGUAUUGGUGUUCCGAAUAUCAAUAAUAGGCAUUAUUAAAAGUUAACUCUUAAAACAAGGCGUUAAAUAUAACCAUAUAGGCGCUGCACGCCUUGUUUUAAGCGUAGUUACGCACUCUAGCAUUUUAAGACUUUUUAUUGUGUGUAGAUUUAUUUUCAUUCUUAAAUAUUAAUAUUCCCUAUCCUUAAAAUAUGCUGCGUAAGACUUUAGUAGAACCUUAUAUUACAUGUUUUAAUAUACAUUAUGUGUCUGUUAUUCAUGUGGAGAUUUCAAUAUUAAAUUUGACAUAAUAAUAUCGACACUUAAAAGGCAAUCCUAUCUAAGGGACAAAUAAGUAUAUCGAAAA